CCCUUCCCCUCCCUCUUCAGGGACGGCGGGCGGAGCCGGGCGGCGGAGGAGGGCACUGCCUGCUCCUGGGCGGGGCGGGCUCCUGCCGGCCGGGCCCGGCCCCAAUGGAGCCGGGACCCCUUCCUCUGCCACAUUGGGGUCCGUAAUUCCCAUUGGAGAAGCGCUCGGUGACCAGGGCUCGUCCCCUGAGGAAGGAGUUUCCUGCUGCUCACCUGUCAGCAGGUGAGCCCGGGACACGGGGGCCGCUCCCGACCCCCGCGGCGGCUCCUGGGGCUGUGUGUGGAGCAGCGGGGGGAGCUGGAGAGCGCAGAGCCGAGGGAGCGCCGCGAAACUUGCCGUGGUGCCGGGUCCCCUCGCGGUGGAAACCGGGGCUCCCUUAUGAAAGCGGCCCCAGGGUUCUCUCUGACAUUCGUGUAAAGCCGCCAAGGAAAACACUGUCGGGUCAUAGAACGAUACUGUUUGUUGUCGCCUACAAUCGUCUGUCAGAAGUUACAAUUUGAAGACAUAAAGUCGUGUUGUCUAAGGGGAACCAGCAGCUGGUACAGAUACGAAGGAAUAUGAGGAAAAUGUCUCUUUCCGCAACGCCAGAUACUGAGGAAGGGUGGUUCCCAGUCCAUGGCAGUGUUCCAUGCGAAGGGGAGUACCACGAGGGCAUCACUCCCAACAGAAAAGAAGGUCCUUGUAUGUAGACAAAAAUACAGUAGGUAAUGAGCUGAAGAGCAAAUCUCAGAUUUGCUUAAUUAUUGGGCUUAAUUAUUUUAUGAAUCUUGUAUAACCCAUACAGAGACUGCAUCCUGUAACAGAAGGGGGAAAACCCCACCGCCCGCCGGCGCUGUGUCGGCCCCUGUCCCCAGGGUUCGGUGGCCGCCGGCCGGCUGGGCUCCAGCGGGGAGGAGCGCCCAGCCCAGCGCGACCUCCUCUGUCCCGGGGAGCGAGCCUGCAGUGGCAGCACUGCCGAGACACAGAGCUGCUCACAGCAGGGAUCGGCCUCAGCUCAUCCCCGUGGGAAGGCUGGAACAAAGCUCUGACAAGAUGUGUGGUGCGAAAAGUAAAUCAUUAGCAUUUACUGGACUGCUUCUCAACUGCCUAGAAAUGAUCUUUUCAGCUAACACAGGUUUCUCUGUGUCUUUAUAUGAUGUGACAUCGCAAAGCAUUUCUCUCAGAUGGCCCAAGUUUUCAGGAGCCUCUUCUUACAGGGUCACAGCUACAGCUGUGAAUACUGUAGGCCAUUCAUUACUGGCUCAUUUCAGUGAUGUGACACUUAAAGCAACUCUAACUUCAUUAAUUCCCAAUACUGUUUAUGCUAUACAAGCAGAAGCCAUUGACAAGAAUGGGAUUAUUCUUGCAGAAACACAGAUUAUGCAGUCAACAGCUCCAGACAUACCUGUUAUUGACCAAGCUUAUUCAAAACUUAGCAACAGUAUCACAGUGGAAUGGAGAGCGGUACCUGGGGCUACUAGUUACAUGCUGACUGCACAAGAUGGAGAUUCCUUCAUUGAAACUGUAGUUAAAAAUUCUCCAGGCACAGUGACGGGGCUGAAACCUGCCACCUUGUACAGAAUCACUAUCAGAUCUAUAAAUUCAGGAGGAAAAAGCCAGCCUUCACCUUUCAGAAAAGCAAAAACAGUCCUGGCUGCUCCAAUUCUGUCUGUUAGUUCUCUGAGCUGUGACUCCAUUGCACUGAGCUGGAAAGCUGUGUAUAUGGCAGCUGGAUUCUCUGUGUCACUCAUGAGGUCAGAUGGUUUGGGCAGAAUGCUGAGGGAGAACACCACCAAUACCUCCUUGAUAUUUACAAAUCUAGAUCCAGGAACUCUCUAUACUAUCAAGGCUUAUGCCUGGAAUGCCAAUGGGAUGCCUGGAGAUGAUUUCACAUAUAACCAAAGAACAAGUCCUAAUGCACCGGCGGAUGUUAAAGUAGCUUUUAAUAGUGGUGCUUUAAGAGUUUCUUGGAUGCCAACAGAAGGAGCUCUAACUUACACUGUCACAGCCUCCAGUGGACUCUUGAAACUGAAGUGUAACACAUCCUCCUCCUCCUGCAUGGUGCCAUCCCUCCAGUGCAGCUCUGAAUAUUAUGUUUCUGUCACAGCAUACAAUGAUGCUGGAUCCAGUAAACCUACUGAUGCAGUAAGCUUAAAAACUAUUCCUUGUGCACCAGUAAACAUAUCAAUUGAAGAGGAUGAACUUGGUCACUUGCUGGUGUCAUGGUCUAGCGUCAGUUUUGGUCAUUAUUACGUGGUUUUUGUGAAGAGUGAUGAUGGCUUGGAAGUGCACUGCAACACAUCAUAUACUCAAUGUCAUUUCCAGUCAGACUGUGGCUUCACUUAUUUCAUUAGUGUCUUUGCAUAUAACAAGGCAGGGCAGAGUCCUUUAGGUGAUGUAUUCAAUUACACUACUGCUCCUUGUUGCCCCAGCGACUUCAGGGCCGUGUUCGUGUCCAGCGACACCGUGCGGGUCACCUGGGCUCCUGUCCGAGGCGCCGACCUGUACGAGACCAGAGCUGCCGCCUGGAGCACGGUGGUGCUCUGCAAUGACACGGCCCCGGCCUGCACCCUGUCAGCUCUGCAGUGCAACACCCGCUACCGCAUCACCGUUCACUCCUUCAGCGAGGCCAGGGGCAGCAACACCUCAUGUGCGCCCAAGCACGUGGCAACAGCUCCCUGCAGUCCUGAAAUUAAAAAUGUCUCAAAGGAGGGUCUUUCUGUAAUCAGUGUACAGUGGCAAUCUAACAAUGAAGACGCUACAUACGUUGUCACUGCCAGAGGAGAGGCUGGACUUUGGCAUUGCACAAGCACUGGAAGCUCCUGUACCUUAACUGAUCUUCCCUGUGGAUCUGCUUUCUCUGUUAGUGCUAUAGCAAGAUCACCAGCAGGACAGAGCUUACCAAGCUACAGUGUCCCUUUAGAGAUGGCUCCUUGUUGCCCUAACGACCUGAUACUAACUCAAGUGACACAGUCUGUAACAAAUAUCAGCUGGUCUGCUGGGAAGGGUGCACAGACAUAUGUAACAACACUGGAGUCUCCAAAAGGACAGGCAAAGUGUCGCACUCUUCAGAACUACUGUCUCCUGGGAUGCAUCACAUGUGGCACCAACUACACAGUGUCUCUGAAAGCAAUUAGUGAAACGGGUCUGACAUCCAGUUGCACAUAUCAGGGAUAUUCUUCCAGUGCUUGCUGCCCAUCUGGGGUGAAGCUAUACAGACUGAGCAACAAUGGCAUCAGGGUGUUCUGGCGAGCCUCUGAUGAAACAAUGAACUACAGCACUGAUUUACAUGGUUCAAAAGGCAACUUCACCUGUACCCCCAGCGCAGGUCGAAGUCACUGCGACAUCACCGAGAUACCCUGUGGGGAUGUCUACACAGUGGUGGUAGCUCCACUGACUGAUAAGGGUCCAAAGCUCACAUUCUGUCCUAAAAAAAUAUAUUCAGUAACUUGUUCUGGAAGCUCUGUUGGAAUGGUGAUUUAUAGAGGCAAGAGCAAUGCAGAACACAUCUAAAUGAAAAUUCUGGUUCAGAUAAGAAGCUAAAACUGCUUACUCUUCAACACAAUUACCGGUGCUCUGCACUAUUUACUGCCCCUGUCUCAAAGGAAUGGCAAGAAAUCACUGCUGACUUUUUCCCCCCAAGGCUGAUCAUCUCCUUUUUGCUGCUAUUCACCUACAGCUAUCCUGGAUGUUAAGGUUGUUGAUAACACCAUUCUCCCUAAAUGCUCCUUUCACUCUUUCUUUCCCUCAAGCUGGAAAGACAACAUCUGUGCUUAAUGGCAACAUUCACAGCUGCUCAGGACUGGGAGGAGGGAAGCUGAAGAGCUAGUCAUAUCUGAGAUCUAAUCCAGGACAUCAAAUUUGAGCCCCAGCUGACAAGAUCAUUUUUAAAAUGCAGCUGAACACUUGAUGGAGAUGUCUGUAAUCUUGAACUAUAAUUUUCUGUGCAAGCAAUCACUUUUAAAAGUUCUUCCAAGAACCGUUAUUAAUCAGUAGGUGUGUUCCAGAACUAAUGUACCAACGAAAUAAGGCUGAAAUAAAGAUCAAGAGAGUGAAGUUAAACUUCUUAAAAAAAGAAAACAAAACAAAGCAACAGCAGUUCAGGUAGAGUCACUCAAAAGUAGCUUGAGGCUUAAUCGAGUAUUAUUCCAAGGCUAUUUCAUUUUACUUCAAAAUUUAAAAAAAGUUUCUUCCUUCAGAGUUUUGAGAGGUGACUCAUGAGGAGUAAACAGAAUGUCCUCUUCUUACAUCAACUGACUUGCUUUGCACUGUAGCUAAUGAAGAACUGACAGAUAUUACUAAAAUUUUAAU